GAGAGAGAGAGGAGCCCGUUUCCCCAGUCUGUUGCCUGCCCUGCCUCCUGUUUUGAGUUCACUCGUGUGAUUUUUUUUUUUUUUUUUACCCCCUCUCCUGCUGUCCCUGCAGCUUUCUUCCCUCCUGCUUCCUCACUGUGGUGGCUGGGCUAUUUCUCCCAUGACUCUCUUCGUCUAGACCUGGCUGUCCCGUGCCUUUGCCAAUCAAACCUGAACUUCCUCCUCUAACAGUGGAGAGAGGGGCUCCUGCCCUUCUGGGUCACUUUUCUUCCCCUCACCUUGACACCAAGCCGCCUUCGCUUGUGCCUCCCUGUGCCCUCCGCCCCUGCCCUGCCCGUCCUGGGCACCCAUCACCCAUGGACGACUCGGAAGUGGAGUCGACCGCCAGCAUCCUUGCCUCUGUCAAGGAGCAGGAGGCACAGUUCGAGAAGCUGACCCGGGCGCUCGAGGAGGAACGGCGCCAUGUAUCAGCCCAACUGGAACGAGUCCGGGUCUCCCCACAGGACGCCGGCCCGGGCUUGGCCAACGGCACGCUCACCCGGCGGCACCAGAACGGCCGUUUCCUGGGCGAUGCUGACCUGGAAAGGCAGAAAUAUCAAGAUUUAAAGCUCAACGGGCCGCAGGACCACAGCCACCUCUUGUACAGCACAAUCCCCAGGAUGCAGGACCCGGGCCAGAUUGUGGAGGAGACGUACACUAUGGAGGAGGACCCAGAAGGGGCCAUGUCAGUUGUGUCUGUGGAAACAUCAGACGAUGGGACAACCCGGCGUACAGAGACCACGGUGAAGAAAGUGGUGAAGACUGUGACCACCCGGACGGUGCAGCAGAUGCCGGUGGGGCCUGAUGGGUUACCUUUGGAAGCCUCUCCUGUGACCAGCAACUAUGUCCAGACCAUGGACAGGAACUUCCGCAAGAAUGGCAAUGGGGGCCCCGGGGGCUACCUGAGCCAGCCGGGCACGGCCACCCUCCCUCGUAACUACCACUACCCCGAAGGCUACGGCCGCCCCUACGAGGACGGGUACCCGGGCAGCGAUCACAGCUACGGCAGCCUGUCCCGUGUCACCCGCAUUGACGAGCGCUAUCGCCCCUCCAUGGACACCUACCGGGCCCCCAGCCGCCAGGACAUCUACGGCCCCCAGCCCCAGGUGCGUGUCGGGGGCAGCAACAUGGACCUCAACCACUUCCACCCUGAGCCCUACGGCCUGGAGGAUGACCAGCGCAGCGUGGGCUUUGAAGAUGUGGACUACGGGCUUAUGUCUGACUAUGGCACGGCCAGGCGGGCAGGGACCCCAUCUGAUCCUCGACGGCGGCUCAGGAGUUACGAAGACAUGCUGGUCGAUGAGGUGGCCCCUGACCGGUACUACUGGGCCCCUCUGGCUCAGCACGAGAGGGGUAGCUUGGCGAGUCUGGACAGCCUGCGGAAGGGAGGUCCGGCCCCGGGCAACUGGCGUCAGCCGGAGCUGCCAGAGGUAAUAGCCAUGCUGAGCUUCCGUCUGGACGCCGUCAAGUCCAACGCGGCCGCCUACCUGCAGCACCUCUGCUACCGUAACGACAAGGUGAAGACGGAGGUGCGCAAGCUGAAGGGCAUUCCUGUGCUGGUGGGAUUGCUAGACCACCCCAAGAAAGAGGUGCACUAUGGUGCCUGUGGAGCCCUCAAGAACAUCUCCUUUGGCAAGGACCAAGACAAUAAGAUUGCCAUCAAGAACUGCGAUGGGGUACCUGCUCUGGUGCGCCUGUUGCGGAAGGCCCACGACAUGGACCUCACGGAGGUCAUCACAGGAACACUGUGGAAUCUGUCCUCGCAUGACUCCAUCAAGAUGGCCAUUGUGGAUCACGCACUACAUGCUCUGACCGAUGAGGUUGUCAUUCCCCGCUCAGGCUGGGAGCGGGAACCCAAUGAGGACUCGAAACCCCGCCAUAUCGAGUGGGAGUCAGUGCUCACCAACACCGCUGGCUGCCUUAGGAAUGUGAGCUCAGAGCGGAGCGAGGCCCGUCGGAAGCUGCGGGAAUGUGAUGGGCUGGUGGAUGCCCUGAUCUACAUUGUCCAGUCUGAGAUUGGCCAGAAGGACUCAGACAGCAAGCUGGUGGAGAACUGUGUGUGCCUGCUGAGAAACUUGUCCUACCAAGUCCACCGUGAGAUCCCCCAUGCUGAGCGCUACCAGGAGACGCCUCUGGUCCCUGCCAACAAUGCUGGACCCCAUGCUGCAAGCUGCUUUGGUGCCAAGAAGGGCAAAGACGAAUGGUUCUCCAGAGGUAAAAAGCUCCCAGAAGACCCUGCUGCCGAUACAGUGGAUUUUCCCAAAAGAACAACUCCAGCCAAAGGCUAUGAGCUCCUCUUCCAACCAGAAGUGGUCCGGAUAUACAUCUCCCUUCUAAAGGAAAGCAAGACUCCAGCCAUCCUAGAGGCUUCGGCAGGAGCCAUACAGAACCUGUGUGCUGGCAGUUGGACGUAUGGCCGGUACAUCCGCUCAGCUCUGCGUCAGGAGAAGGGACUCUCUGCCAUUGCUGACCUCCUGACCCACGACAGUGAGCGGGUGGUGAAAGCAGCGUCCGGAGCCCUGCGCAACCUGGCUGUCGACUUGCGUAACAAAGAGCUGAUAGGUAAACACGCCAUCCCCAACCUAGUGAAGAACCUGCCCGGAGGCCAGCAGACCCCAGCCAAAAACCUCUCUGAGGACACAGUGGUGUCAAUCCUCAACACCAUCAAUGAAGUAAUUGUAGACAACCUUGAGGCUGCCAAGAAGCUGCGGGAAACUCAGGGAAUUGAGAAGUUGGUGCUGAUCAACAAAUCCGGGAACCGCUCAGAGAGAGAAGUCCGAGCAGCUGCCCUCGUCUUGCAGACAGUCUGGGGAUAUAAAGAGCUGCGAAAGCCUCUUGAGAAGGAAGGCUGGAAGAAGUCAGAUUUCCAGGUGAACCUGAGCAAUGCCUCUCGGACCCAGGGAGGCAACUCAUUUGACGACAGCACCUUGCCUCUCAUCGACAGGAACCAAAAAACAGACAAGAAAUCCUCCCGGGAAGAGAUCCAGAUGAGCACCAUGGGACCAGACAACUAUUCCACACUCAAUGAGAGGGACCACAGCAGGACGCUGGACCGAUCCGGUGACCUUGGAGAUAUGGAGCCGGUGAAGGCAGCACCACUGAUGCAGGAGGAGGGGCAGGAAUCGCAGCCUGAGGUAGAGGAGGUGGAGGAGGAUGCUGCCGUGUUUUCCUCCAUGUCGCAGAAGAUCUAGCUGACAUCCCUGCCUCCACUCAGUUUGGGUUGAUAAUAUAUUAUAUAUAUAAAUAUAUAUAUAUAACUCUUCAUGGUGGAAUGGACCGACUUUUACCUUGUCUUAUUUUUGGAUUUUUUGCUGGACUGUUUGUGCCAACUAGCCAGCCAAAUGACUAGGCCUGGUCCCGCAGGGACAGCCUGGGCCACUCUGCCUCCUCUAGACCGCUGCACCUCCCCAUUCUGGGGCACCUCGACUGAUAACUCUUCCUCCCUGUCCUCCACCACCUCCUUCAUCCAGAGAGUAAAACCCUCCUGCCUGACUCGGCCGCAUUGACCGGCAUGGAUGCUGCAAAAGGACUCUGGAUCUCUGCCUUGACCAGGAACUGCCUUCUCUCCUAUGCCUUCCCUCUGCUUGGAGAUGUCUGCAGGGACAGAGACUGGGACCUCACUCGCCGCCUUUUUGUUUUGGUUUGUUUUGGGGUUUUUUUUGUGGGUUGUUUUUUUUUUUUUUUUUUUUGCUAUUGCCUAUAGGAUAUAUUUUUGUGUGGGAUCACUCUUCAACCAGGGCCGUGGGGACAAUGGGACCAUUCCCUCCCUGGUGGCGGCGGGACCAGGGUAUGCAGGGGUGAGGGGAAGGAAAAACAGCAAUAACUUCUCUUGCUUUGCUCUAGCUGAGGCUCUGGGGGUGUGAGAAGGGGGAUCUGGCUCUGGAUCCUGCGAAGGGAUCUGGAUGGGGCUGCUGGCUCCCACCUGGUGACCGUGAGGAGGGAUCCUUACGUGGGGAAGAUGGUCAGUGGGGGGGGGGGGGCGCUUAGGAUGGGCCUCCCUGCGCUGGAGGCAGUGGGUCCCCGUGGGAGGAGGAGAUGCGGCAGGGCUUUUGGGGAGAGGCAGGUUUCUUGGGGCACACUGCGUGCUGGGUGUGAGGAGCAGGCGCUGGCAGGGCUACAAGCGGGUAGAGCCAGGAUCCCCCUUCUCACCCCCACGCACUAGCUGCCUGCAGCGGUGCCCCUCUGACUUUCUCUUGACACGUGCCUUUCUUUUGCCACUGUGAAAUAGCUCUUUGAAUCGUACUGUCUGGCUACUUCGCUGGGGAAGGGGUGUUUCCUGGGCUUCUGGCAGGGCUGAGCUCUUCCCUUCCCCACUGGGAGCCUUAAUUGUCUGCAGUGAGGUUGGAAGCCUGUUUUGGGGGGGCGGUGGGGGGAUCCCAGCCCCCUUGCCCUCACUGAUGGGGUGCAGAGCUCUCAUCUGCAUCCUGUCCUGGGGAGACUAGGCUGCCACAGGAGCUGGGGCAUACACAUCCUCGUCCUCCUCUCUGCUGUGGUGGAGGGGGGCACGUCUAAGUGCUGUGAUCUUCUGGGGAGCCCUCGGGCACCCUGCGCAACUGGAAGCCUCUGUAGGAGGCUGCAAACUGGAGCAGGAGCCCUCCCCAGCCUGGGGCUCCCCCCAAACUGUGGACCCAUGAGGGGACCAGGGAGGCUGCAGUAGGUGCCUUGCUCCUGCCUGCUCCUCUGCCCAAAAGCACCUCCCAGCUCUGGCUGAGCCCUCCCUGGCUCCAGCCCCACCUCAGCUUGGUUUGGUUUUG